GGGUUGGAGUUUGGGGUGGAGUUGUUGUCGGCUACUAUCUCUUCAUCUAUUUUCAGCCCGCCGAUGUUAAGCAUCCUACAGUUCGACCACUUGUUGAACUUGAUUCAAAAACUCUGGAGCAGAUGCUUCCUGAGAUUCCCUUAUGGGUGAAAAAUCCAGACUUUGAUCGGAUUGAUUGGCUAAACAAGUUUAUUGAAUAUAUGUGGCCUUAUUUGGACAAGGUUGGUAAACAUGAUUUAAUGGGAAUGAAUGUUGUGCCAGUGAAGGAACUUGUACCUGAUGAGCCGAAAUCUAUGACGCUGAACUUGCUGAAAAAUAUGGAUCCUAAUGAUCCUCAAAAUGAAAAAUCACGUGGAGAGGUUGUUAUGGAAUUGACAUAUAAGCCCUUUAAGGAGGAUACAACAACCGAGAUGGCUGAUGAUGGGAAUGCGGUAGAAAAGGCUCCUGAGGGCACUCCAGAAGGUGGUGGUGUUCUCGUAGUUAUUGUUCACGAAGCUCAAGAUCUUGAGGGGAAACACCACACUAAUCCGUAUGUGAGAAUUCUUUUCAAAGGAGAGGAGAGGAAAACGAAGUACAUCAAGAAAAACAGAGAUCCAAGAUGGAAUGAAGAGUUUCAGUUUACAUGUGAAGAACCACCGAUUAAUGAUAAACUUCAUGUAGAAGUCCUUAGUAGGCCAUCAAGUCUUGGCAUUCACUCCAAGGAGACCUUGGGCUUUACUGAAAUCAACCUUGUAGAUGUCGUCAACAACAAGCGAACCAACGAGAAGUACCAUUUAAUCGAUUCUAGGAAUGGUCGUAUUCAAAUAGAGUUGCAAUGGAGGAGCACUUGAGAACUACUAGCAGAAAUUUCAAAAGGGAAGAGAAUUGUGGUUUCAUAGGAGAUUUGUUGUCUGCGCAAAGCCUUGAAAGCUUUAUGCGCUCCAUGGUAACGAUUGCCCUUGUACAUAAAAUGCUCGAUUGCUUCAUGUUUCUUUAAGCAUUUGUAAGUUCAGUGUUGUUUGUGACGGCAAAUUCUAGGAAAAUCCUUUUGUGGUACUGUUAUCUGUGUAAUUGUUUGCUCGCUUUCCACAAAUAUUGGGUUAUAGCAAUUUCUUUGUACUUUUAAGGAAUAUAAUUUACUUAUUUGUGUGUGCGUGCA